AUGUUACGAUUAGUCAUUUACAUGGAAACGCUGACAACAUUGACGCUGCAAAAUUCUGUCCGUGGGCCAAAGUUCUACUGCUAUUUGUGCGACUAUUAUCUUCAUACGCGACUUAGCAUGAUUACACAUAUGAAGAUGCAUCUUAAACCAUUUUGCGUCGUUUGUUUCGAAACAUUUACGACCUGCAUGGAUAUGAAUGCCCACGCUCUAGAGUCUCAUCCAUACGUAUUUCCCACUGCCGCUAUAUCGAGGAUAGAAGUGGGGGAUUUCUUCGAUUUCUCACAAACGGAGGCUCCUCCCAAUUCUCCCAACCAUAGCUUCGAGACGCAGUUAGAUUUGAACGCUGAUUUUGUGAAUAACAACUCUAUUCCGACACUGUUGACUGAGAAGUUACUUGAACAUCAGAUGGAGGUUGAGCAACGAGAUUCCAACAUCGUGAAUUCAGAUGAUAUACUGAAUCACCAGCCAGAAGAAAUCCAGAAAACGCCAUCACCUCCGCAGGCAAAUAAAGCACCGACGACGCGCAACAGCCGCACGAAAGAGAAACGAACGCCACCGGUUGUAUCGACAGGAAAGGUGCUGAAGAAUAGUAAACCCAAGGGUUCAGCAUCGAAAAUAGUCUCAACGAUGCGUACCGAACGGGUGGAUCGGGAUGAUAGCGUCCUUAGACGCAUCACGUCCCGUUUUGGACGCUCCAUUAGUCUAAAAGUUCCACAAUUUUGA